AUGGUCCGACGAGCCAAGCGCAAGCACAGGGCUAACUCCCAUGAUAUCCGGGCUGCUGACGCUGCGCGGUUGCGCAGGAUGAGGUCUCUGUCCACAUCUCCACUUUCUGGUUUUUGGCUAAUCCUUGGUUCUUUGCUUACUCUAGGGGAUGGAUGCGGGCAUGUGGUGAUGUACCAAGACAGUGGGACACUGGCAUCCAGGAACUACCCUGGGACAUACCCAAACUACACUGUUUGCGAGAAGAAAAUUCAAGUGCCUCAGGGAAAACGCCUGAUCUUAAAAAUCGGAGACCUGGAUAUUGAAUCACAGAAAUGCGAAUCCAGCUACCUUACCAUCCUGAGCUCUUCAACCUUGCAUGGGCCAUACUGUGGUAAUGUGAUGCCCAUCCCCAAAGAAAUCAUUUUGGAUAGUAAUGAAGCAACUAUUCACUUUGAGAGUGGAUCCCACGUGUCAGGACGAGGCUUUCUGUUGUCAUAUGCCAGUAGUGAUCAUCCAGAUCUCAUCACAUGUUUAGAACGAGGCAACCACCACACAAAGCCUGAGUACAGCAGAUACUGUCCUGCUGGCUGCAGAGACAUAGCGGGUGACAUUUCUGGGAAUAUAAUAGAAGGAUACAGAGAUACCUCGCUGCUGUGCAAGUCAGCCAUACACGCCGGGGUUAUCGCGGACGAGCUGGGCGGCCAGAUCAGCGUGACCCAGCAGAAGGGCAUCAGCCGCUACGAGGGCGUCAUGGCCAACGGCGUGGUCUCUUACAGUGGUUCACUGUCAGAUAAGCGGUUUAUAUUUACCUCAAAUGGCUGCAAUAAAUCUCUCAGUCUGGAAGAGGGAUUCUUCUCCAAGAGCCAAAUUACUGCAUCUUCCUACUGGGAGGAGACCAAUGAAUUUGGGCAGCAAUUUCUGUGGUCCCCUGACAAGGCUUGGCUUCAGGUCCCAGGACUGGCUUGGGCUUCCAACCACAGCAGCAGUCGUGAAUGGUUAGAGAUAGACUUGGGAGAGAAGAAGAGAAUAACAGGGAUUAAGACCACUGGUUCUGGAUCCACUAUGCUGAAUUUUGACUUUUAUGUAAAGACAUUUAUAAUGAACUACAGAAAUAACAACUCAAAAUGGAGAACUUACAAAGGAAUUCUAAGCAAUGAAGAAAAGGUAUUCCAAGGCAACUCCAAUGCUGGUGACAUAGUACGUAAUAAUUUCAUCCCUCCAAUAGUGGCCCGUUAUGUGCGAGUUAUUCCCCAAACCUGGAACCAAAGAAUAGCAUUGAAGCUUGAGCUGAUUGGUUGUCGAAUAAUGCAAGGUAAUAGUUCAUUUACGCAUUCAAUGUGGCAAAAGCCAAGUCAGAGCACAGAAACCUCCCUUGGAAAAGAAGACCGAACAGUUACAGAACCCAUCCCAUCAGAAGAAACUAACUUAGGCUUAAAGCUUACAGCUAUAAUUGUCCCAGUCCUCAUAGUGCUGUGCCUGUUCCUGUUCUCUGGAAUUUGUAUCUGUGCAGCUCUACGAAAGCGAGAAACCAAAGGACUUUCUUAUGGAUUAUCCAAUGCUCAGAAAUCAGGUUGCUGGAAACAAAUCAAGCAGCCCUUCACCAGACAUCAGUCAACUGAAUUUACCAUUAGCUAUAAUAAUGAGAAGGAUACACCUCAAAAACUAGAUCUGGUCAUGAGUGACAUGGCAGAGUAUCAGCAGCCUCUCAUGAUUGGAACUGGGACAGUGACACGAAAAGGAUCUACUUUUAGACCCAUGGACACCGAAGAUGAGGGAAGAAGGGGGAGUUCAGAGUUCGAAAAUCACUAUCACUGUCCACAAAUAGCUAACAGACAUGAAUAUGCUCUGCCCCUGACCAGUCAAGAACCUGAAUAUGCCACCCCCAUCAUAGAACGGCAUAUGGCAAGAGAAAAUAAUUUCCCCUCUGAGAACGGCUACAACGUACCUGUAAUCUCAUCUCAUAAACAUUCUCUUUCUGCUGGCAGUUUCUCUAGUUCAUGUAAGACCGAUGCCAGGAACGGAGACUACCAGACACCUCAAAGUGUAAUAAACUAUGAUAAACCUAAAGUUAACAGUAUUCUGACCUCUGUGAGCUAUAGUACGGACUACCAGAAACCUCAAACUAAUUCACUAGGAAGCGAGGGUUACUCAACACCUAGAGACUGCCUAAAACCAAUAAGCCAGACAGCAAUGACAGCUCUCUUGUGAUCUGUUGAACAAGAGAGACUUAGUGCACAGGAAUGUUACUGUACAGCUUCUGAAAUGAAAACAGAGUUGUAAAGGAGUCUACUGUGGAAGGCAGAAGGCAAACAAACCCUGUGUACAUAAUAUUGCUGUCUUGCUGGGUUCUGACAUCUGAAGAAAGCAUAUGCUGUUUAUCACUGUUUAUAGCAAGAGAGAUGUUAUCACUGAAGACUGUAUAUCUUAUUUUCUGUAACUGAUCUCAGUGCUCUGUUUGCAAUGUGUGCAAUUUGUAUAUAGCUUUUAUUUAAGGAGAAUUUCUUAAGUUUCCUUUUCACCUGUGGAAUUGAAAGGAGAAAAAAACUAUUGCAGAAAUGCCUGUUUAAAAAAAAAAACAGGCCUCCUCCUCUGACUUUAUCUGCUGUUGUACUGGCAGCUGUAAAUUGUAUAUCUUACGGUUGUGGUGGUUCAUUUCCUUUCCUAUGAUAACUGAAGAUAGGGCAUCAGUAUAGUUCUUCUUGGGAGGGUAGAAGAAGUAAAACUACUUGAAGCAUAAAGUGCACAAGAAAAGGCAGCUGAGCAUUUAAAUGCUGUGUUCAAACCCACCUUCUCAGCUGCUUUUUUAGUAGUAAUUUUUACAUGCUUGAAGUUGUUCUGGCAUAUGAGCUGAGCCUGUCUAAUUUGCUGUUCAUGUUAAAGACGGACAGGUAAAAGGCUGAAACCUGUUUUGGGUUCGAAGCCAUGGUGAUCACUUUGCAGACAGAUCUCCAGUAGAAAAAAAAAAUCAGCACCUGUUAAUCUGUUUCUUCAAGAAAUAUGUGAGGAACCAAAAUGUGAAUUUAUAGCUGAGAAUUAAAUUCUGUUCAAGCCCCAGCUGAUGACUACAAGGAAGUUACUCCAUGACACACAGCAGCAUACGUUCUGAACUCUUCAUGGCUCCACUAGGUAUUUUUCUAUCCUACAAAUUUAGUGUAAUGUUUCUAUUUGAAAUAUAGACAAAGUAAAGCACAAUGUGUAUAUAAUUUACUCUAGCAUUUAAAUUUGGAAGAGAGCAGAUCAGCACAGUUGUUUUCAAAUAGUUUUUCUUUUGCAGGGAAUGCAAUCCUUAAUUCUUUUUCUGGACAAACUUGAAAAAGCGUGGGGAUAGGUGCAAGUAUUGCACAGUAGUCGACUCCUCUUUCAGCAGAGGCGUCGUUGAAGCUAAACAGCUUCCUGUAGCGACUGGAACUGUUCAUUGCCGUUCUCCCUGCAGCACUUGGACACUUACUCUGUAUUCAGAAGCAUGUACCAAGAAGUGAUACGCUUCCGGGGAUGAAGAAUGGUGCGAUAUUUAAGGCACAAGGUAGGGAAACCAGACCAGUAAAAUCUGAUCUACAGGGAAAGUCACUUACUAUCUCAAGGCCCUCCAUUUCUUUGUGCAUAAACUGGGGAUAAUUUGCAAAGGAUGCAACAAAGAUUCUUUCCUUGUGAAGUGCUUUCAGAUCCUUGGAUGGAAAGUAAGAGUACAGAAUAGUUGUAGUGAUUCUAUUUACACAUAUUGCUAAUUCUAGCCAUAUCUGAUCUUACGACAAGCUGUUAGUGGGUUCUUUGCAUAUGCUUGUUUUGUGGCCUCACUGGUGCAGUUCUCUCAUGCUGAUGCACAGUGCAUGUAAUUCCUGUGCAAGGAAAAAAAGAGUCAAGGUAACCUUGUAGCCUUCCUGUGUUUGUUGUCAAUACAGUUUCUGUGAAAUGUAUAAAACACCUCAGGUUCUGAAGUGAAACAGCAGCAGCCUGUUUGUUAGACCAAGUCGGGCAGUGUUGUUUACCUUCUGUUGUUUACAUGUCUAUGUAAAUAAAGAACACUGGUAUUUGUAAAUCA